GCAGAAUUGUAAGGGAUAAAUGGAAUCAAGAUGUCUACUCUUGUGAAAAUGGAUUGUGUGGAUGGACAGUUCGAUGAUGCUGAAGAAGACGCCUAUGAUGAUGGAGGUAGUGCAGGUAAUGAUGACGCUCUUGAACCUAAUGAAGAAUUUGUGGAAGAUGAACUGGAUAUCAUGGAGGAUGAAUUACUGCAGGCACAUGAAUUGAAUUUGCCUUCAGCACAGCAUUCCACUAACUUUCAGCCAAUGGAUAAGGUCUUGUCUAAAUUUACAAGUAAAAUUAAGUUGGAUGAAUAUGAGCAUUCUAAUCGCCAUGGUCAGCAAAGUGGGAACAAAAAGAGUAGUGUUAAUCAAAAAGUAAAGGAUAAAGCGGACCGGGCAACUGUGGAACAAGUACUGGAUCCUAGAACUCGGAUCAUUUUAUUUAAAAUGUUAAGCCGAAAUGUGGUAUCCGAAAUAAAUGGGGUGAUCAGCACUGGAAAAGAGGCAAAUGUUUACCAUGCAACCACUGCUACUGGGGAACAUAGGGCAAUUAAGAUCUAUAAAACAUCUAUUCUUACUUUUAAGGACAGAGAUCGGUACGUAACAGGAGAAUUUCGUUUUAGAAGAGGGUAUUGUAAAGGUAAUCCAAGAAAGAUGGUUGCUACGUGGGCAGAAAAGGAAACAAGAAACCUUACAAGGUUAUGUACUGCUGGGAUUAAAAGUCCAACUCCUUAUCUUUUAAGGGGCCAUGUACUUGUAAUGGACUUUAUAGGUGCAAAUGGCUGGCCUGCACCAUUAUUAAAGGAUGUUACUUUAUCAGAGACAAAGUACAGGGAGUUGUACGUUGAAUGCAUUCUUAUUAUUAGAAAAAUGUUUCAUAAAUGCAAACUUGUACAUGCUGAUUUGAGUGAAUACAACUUGCUGUACCAUGAUGGCCAUCUAGUGGUGAUAGAUGUCUCGCAAUCUGUUGAGCAUGAUCAUCCACACAGCUUGGAAUUUUUAAGGAAGGAUUGCACCAACAUAAAUGAUUUUUUUCGACGAAAAGGAGUUGCCUCUAUGACGCUUCGAGAGUUGUUUGACUUUGUCACAGAUUUGACAAUAACCAGUUCCAAUAUUGACCGAUAUCUUGAUAAAAUUAUGGAAAUUGCUGCUAGCAGAAGUCAAGAUGAAGAUGUUGCACAAUCUCAAAUAGAUGAGGAUGAAAUUUUCAUGAAGUCUUUUAUUCCUAGGACAUUGGAUGAUGUUCAGUACUUUGAACGUGAUGUGGCAGAUGCUAAAAAAGGAAAAACAGAUAGAGUUCUGUACCAGACCCUCACUGGGAUCAAAACAGAUCUUUCGGGUGUACGAGAUGUCCCAGAUAUCCUAAAGGAUGAGAGUAUAGACAGUGAAAAUGAAGAUGAGAACAUGGAAUCAGACAAUGAUAAUGAAAGUGUAAGAGAAAAACGACAAAUUCUUUCAAAGAGGAAUAUGACAAAGGAAGAGAAACAAGCACACAAAAAGAUGGUUAAAGAGGAAAAUCGUGUAAAAAGGACAGAGAAAACUCCAAAGCAUAUUAAAAAACGCCGUGAAAAGCUGUCACGAAUGCGAUAUGCUAAAUAAAUAUUUUUUUAUGAGUAAAUUAUCAAAGCAAGGAUUUGGUGUUUGUUUAUGUUGUGUAUCUAACAUAUGUGACCUUUAAUUUAAGGUUAUGGAAACUUCAUAAUUUUAGUUGUUGAUUUGCAUUGUUGGCUUCUCUUAAACUAAAGGGUACAGUGUAGUCGAAUGUUUAACCUAAUGGAUUAAUGCUUCACAAAAUGGGAGUAGCUUUAAUGCAAAAGAUUCAGAUACGUUUUGCCUUGACCAUUUAAGUAGGUAACUUAUUUGUUCCGGAGUAUAAAUUGCAACCUAUUUUGUUGCUAAGAAAGUAAAACUGAGCGCGUCAAGUUUUUGUCGCAAAUCGUUUUUUUUUGUGGCAUCCGUAGCUCUUUAUACCAGGUAGGAGGCUAUUCGCGUAUUCGGGUUCGCUGUUGUAAUAGUCUAUAAAACAAAUUUCACUAGUCAAAAUAAGGUAAUUAAUUAGUCAAGAAUGGGUAAAAUAUUAUUCUAAAGUUGUUGUAAAUACUUUCCAAGUUAACGGCGGUCAAGUGCAAUUUUGUCAAUCGUGUAGAUUACAUCUAAGUCAUUCUUCGGUAUUCCGCAUGCACAGGGAAAUCGAAAAGGUUUGUCGAAUGUUCCUUCAGCAGUGCGUCAUCAUGAAAAAGUAAGUAAUAAGAAUUAAAAAAAUGAGUACUGUUUAUCUGUUUUGCGCCAGAUACGCGACUUUUUCGUUAUUCAACUAAAUUAGUUUAGUAACGGAUGUUUCAUAAAAUUUAUAGGCCAACUUUUUUUCUGUGUGUUCGCGAGAGUUUGUUGGCAAAAAUAAAACCGGUGCUGCGUUUUCGAUAUGCGUACACAAUGUGUUAUUAAUACACCAAUAAAAAAAUCCGCCGUUCGAAACAGGUAAACCUAA